UCUGCUCCCAUGCGUGCUCCGUUUCGUGUACAACUUGUGAUGCUACAUUUUUAGCUUGAAAAUAAACACAUUUCAUCCACAUAUAUGAGUAUUCACGGACAUAAUCAGCUGUUUAACUAAGCGAAAGUAAGCGAGCAGCGCUGUAAACAUGGCGGGAGUCAUCCGGAGGCUCGACGAGACGGUUGUCAACCGAAUAGCAGCAGGAGAAGUUAUCCAGCGUCCUGCCAACGGCGUCAAAGAGCUGAUAGAAAACUGUUUGGAUGCCAAGUCCACCAACAUUCAGGUGACGGUGAAAGACGGCGGACUGAAGCUCCUUCAGAUUCAGGACAACGGCACCGGCAUCAGGAAAGAAGAUAUGGAAAUCGUUUGCGAGAGGUUUACCACCAGCAAACUCCAGACUUUUGAGGACCUCUCAGCUAUUGCAACCUAUGGAUUCAGAGGAGAGGCCCUUGCCAGUAUAAGCCAUGUUGCCCAUGUGACCAUAACGACUAAGACCGCUGAUGCCAAGUGCGCCUACAGAGCCAGCUACAGCGACGGGAAGCUGAAAGGCCCUCCCAAACCAUGUGCUGGCAACCAGGGAACGCAGAUUCUUGUGGAGGACCUCUUCUAUAAUGUGUCCACCAGGAGGAAGGCUUUAAAGAGCCCCAGUGACGAGUACUCCAGGAUCGUGGAGGUGGUCAGCAGGUACGCCAUACACAAUUCAGGAAAAAGUUUUUCUGUCAAAAAGCAAGGGGAGACUGUGGCAGAUGUGAGGACUCUACCCAACGCAUCUGUAGUGGAUAAUAUCCGAGGAGUUUUUGGCAAUGCAGUCAGCAGGGAGCUGAUCGAAGUUGGCUGUGAGGAUCAGAAGCUCGCGUACAAGAUGAAAGGCUACAUCUCGAACGCAAACUACUCCGUCAAGAAAUGCAUCUUGAUCCUCUUCAUCAACCAUCGUCUGGUGGAGUCAAGUGCUUUGAAGAAAGCAAUCGAGACGGUUUACGCUGCAUACCUCCCCAAGAACACACACCCUUUUCUUUACCUCAGCUUAGAGAUCGCUCCGCAGAAUGUAGACGUGAACGUCCAUCCCACGAAACACGAGGUUCAUUUCUUGCACGAAGACAGCGUCAUCGAGAGCAUUCAGAAGCACAUCGAGAGCAAACUUCUGGGCUCCAACUCGUCACGUACAUAUUUCACUCAGACGCUGCUGCCAGGGCUGUCUGUCUCAGGCGGAGCUGAGGUCAAGUCCUCCAGCACCGCAGCAGACUCCAGUGAGCGAGUCUACGCACAUCAGAUGGUGAGGACCGACUGUCGCUCACAGAAGCUGGACGCCUUCCUCCAGCCGAAAGAGAAGCCUCCUCCUGAUCCAGAACCAGCUGGUCCAAGCAUCGGGGAGGGUGAGACCGAGGCCGUCCAGCCGGACAUCGUGGAGAUGGAUGAUGCAGACAUGCUGGAGGCUCUGGAUGAGCGGGAGGAACAGGUGCCAAAAGGCGAUGAAGACGAUGCGAGUGGCGUUCAAAGAAAGCGACCCAGGAGAGAGCAGCAGCAGCAGCAGCAGCAGCAGCAGCAGCAGCAGCAGCAGCAGCAGCAGGAGGAACGAAGAGGAGGACCUGACAGCUUCCAGACGCCUGCUCCACUUUAUGAUCUGGCCAUGUUGGCUCUGGACUCUGAGGGGAGCGGCUGGACAGAAGAGGAUGGUCCUAAAGAAGGCCUGGCUCAGUACAUAGUGGACUUCCUGAAGAAGAAAACUGAGAUGCUGCAGGACUACUUCUCCAUGGAGAUAGACCAGGAAGGAAAUCUAACAGGGCUGCCGUUACUGCUGGACAAGUACACCCCUGUCAUGGAGGGUCUCCCCCUGUUCAUCCUGCGUCUGGCCACUGAGGUGAACUGGGACAAUGAAAAGGAGUGCUUCAGAGACUUCAGCAAGGAGUGCAGCACGUUUUACUCCAUCAGGAAGGAGUACAUCCUGGAGGCCGAGCCGGGAGAGGAGCAGGACGCUGAGGCGAACUCGUGGCGUUGGAGAGUUGAGCACAUCAUCUUCAAAGCUUUCCGAACCCUCUUCAGUCCUCCGAAGAACUUCAGCGAGGACGGCACCGUGCUGCAGAUCGCCAACUUACCUGAUCUCUAUAAAGUGUUCGAGAGGUGCUGAUCAUCACAUCGGACUACAUUCAACCAUACAUGCUGCUCCUUUAUACUUGUAACAUUUGUGCUGUAAAUAAACUUUGUAUGAA